AUGAAAUUGUACAACAAAUCCUCAACAACUCCUGCUUUCAAUUCCACUGAAACAAAUACAGUUUUAGAUCAAGAAGAUGAUUUGAGUGAAGAUUUAGAUCAAGAUUUGAAGAAUCAAAAGACGAGUUUUCUGACUUUGUGGUGUAUCAAAAGGAAUUUGAAAUGGAGCCACUUACUAGUGAAGAGUUAUGGUGGAACUGGAGAAAACCAGAUAAAGAACAAUGGUCCAGGUGGCAGAAAAAACAAUGAUCCAGGUGUGUUUCUCAAGGCCAUGGCAGAAAUUCACCAAAUUAAGCUUUUUGGUGAAGAGCCAACUUUGACUGAAACAGCUCUUUAUAGAGCUAGAAAGCAUUUAUAUAAAGAAGAAAGGCUGCAGGAUGAACGUGAGAGAUUGCAGAAAGAAGGGUUAAAAGGGUAUUUUAGUAUUUGUUCCAACUGUUUGGCAAUUCAAGGAAAGGGGCUGAAACUUGAAGACAUUAAAGUUGUUCUAUCACAUACAUCUAAUGAUCCUUCUGCAGUGAAGAUUGUUGAUUCAGUCAUUGCUCUCUUCCGAGUAGACUUCACUGGAAGAGGAGAACUUGCAGAACGCCAGGUUUCUUAUUUCUUACAGCAAAAGUUGGCUCAGAUGCUCUCCCGAUUAACAAAGAUUGCUGAAGAGUUCAAUGUAGCAGUGUAUAUGACAAACCAAGGUUCUACUUCUACUUUUCACUGA